AUGGAUCGCGACCAAUUCAAGACCGCCGCUCACUCGGCAAUUGAUGAUAUCCUCAAUUAUUUCGACACUGUCCCAGAACGCCGAGUCCUACCGGCCAUCGAGCCCGGAUACCUUCGCCCUCUGAUUCCAGAGAAUCCUCCCGAUGAGCCAGAGGAGUGGUCCAAAAUCCAGGAAGAUGUGGACACCAAGAUCAAGCCCGGCUUGACCCAUUGGCAGUCCCCCAAUUUUAUGGCCUACUACCCCGCUAUCGUCACAUACCCCAGCAUUCUGGGCGAGAUGUACUCCGCCACAUUCACUGCCCCCGCUUUCAACUGGCUGUGCUCGCCAGCAUGCACGGAAUUGGAGACCAUUGUCAUGGAUUGGGUCGCAAAAGCUCUGGCACUACCCGAGUGCUUCCUGAGUACGUCCGAGAACCAUGGUGGCGGCGUGAUCCAGAACAGUGCCAGUGAUGCGAUUGCCACUAUCAUCGUUGCUGCGCGUGAGAGGCGUGUGCUUGAGUUAUUGCGUGCUGAGGGCCUGAAGGAGGGUACCAUGGAGUACGAGGACCGGAAGUUCGACAUCCAAGGCAAGCUAGUUGCUAUUGCCAGUGACCAGACCCACAGCAGUGCCGCUAAGGGUGCUUUAAUUGCGGGUACUCGUUUCCGCGGUGUUACCUCGAGGUUGGAGGAUAACCUGGAAAUGACCGGCCCUCGUCUUCGUGAUGUCCUCGAGAAGUGCGAGAAGGACGGACUUAUCCCGUACCAGCUCACGAUGACCUUUGGCACGACAAAUACCUGCAGUCUAGACCGCUAUGCAGAGAUCAAGGCGGUGCUGCAAGAAAAGCCGGAGUGGCAGCGUAUCUGGGUGCACGUCGAUGCCGCCUAUGCCGGUGCUUCCCUCGUUGCAGAUGAGUGGCAGUAUAUUGCGAAGAACUUUGCCGAGGGUGUUGACAGCUUCAACAUGAACAUGCACAAGUGGCUGCUUGUCAAUUUCGAUGCUAGCGUCCUUUUCGUCCGGAACCGCUUCGAUUUGACCGAUGCAUUGGAUAUCACACCUACAUAUCUGCGCAACCCAUACUCGGACACAGGGAACGUGAUUGAUUAUCGUAAUUGGUCUAUUUCCCUCGGUCGCAGAUUCCGCGCGUUAAAGAUUUGGUUCGUGAUCCGCAGCUACGGUCUGAACGGCAUGAAAGCGCAUAUCCGCAAGACUAUCGGGCUUGGAGAUAUCUUUGCUGGUCUGGUGCGCGAUCGGUCCGAUCUAUUCGAGAUGGUCACGAAACCAAAUUUCGGCUUGACUGUUUUCCGCGUUAAGAACCCCCAGGCUGUGUCUAACGGAUCCAACGAGCCGUUGGAACGUGUGAGCAAAGACGAAGUUGCUGACGGUUUGACCAAGAAGGUCUCCGAGUUGGUCAAUGCCCGGGGCGAGAUCUUCAUCACUUCUACAGCUGUUGAUGGUGUUGCUGUUAUCCGAGUGGUGAGUGCUAAUGCUAUGGCCGAGGAGAAGUAUAUCCGCAAUGCCUUUGACAUUAUUGUCCGGACAACGGAGGAAGUGCUUCAGAGCCAGAAAUAA